AAUUAGUGGAAAAGACUGUAAAAUGUCUAGCUAAGCCUGAAUGGAAUAAAAGAUUAAGAAAAAAGAAAUUAGUCAAUACUCAACAACAUGAAAUAGAUAAUGAAGCUCAAGUAAUGCAGGUUGAUCACGAAUAUGAAAAAGAUAAUCUACUCCUUUCAACUAAAAUUCGUCGUAAAAGAGGAUCAUCGAUUAUUGAUAAAUUGAAACUAUAUAAUGUGGCUAAAGAUAUUUUAUCAUUACCAGCAAGUGUCACA